UUUCGCCGUGUAGACUGUGGUACUGAGUACUGAUAAUAAAAAAAAGUACCAAAAAGUUGAGCUUUCUGUUGGCUUUUUGGUUGUGAAUCGACAGCAUCAACGAUGGGAUUAGGUUUCGUAGUCGGGAUCUUUGGAGUCCUGUUCCUCUUCCACGCGGCUUAUUCCACGAUUCAGUAUAGGGGGCUGUUGAAGAUUAUGGAGGAGGAGUUUUCUGAUCCACCGAUGAACGUGGUUUUAGAGUUGCUUCUAGGGUUUGUUUUCUGUGUUUCAGCUUCCCUAACUGUGCCCGGGAAUUUUAUCUCCAUACAUCCUGAUUCUGAGGAGAAUAGGAUUGUUUCUUUACCGUCAAGCUUGGACUUCACGAUCUUCAACCACAGAGCCAAAGCACUUCCUUUUGAAGUUGACAUGAAGCUGAAGCAUUAAGAUUGAAGAAGCUUCCUGGUGCUUCUAUUAAGGAGACUACAAGUCUGUUGUACUUUAGAGUCUGAACCUAUUGUUGGUUGUUUUCUGAUAUGGUAGUGCUUUUAACCAUUCACCUCUAGCUAAACUUUGGAUGCUGGCUAUCUUUUUUUCCCAUUUUGUUUUGCCUGACAUGUCAUUAAACCUAGAUUUCAGUUCGAAUAAUUAUCAGGGCUUGUAACAGGCCAGCAAUUCAAUAUAUUAUUAUUUAAAUUUCA